CACAUACACACCUUCCCUGGGAUGAUGAUGUGCUCUCGUUUACGUCCCCCACUCGCUCGCCUGUUGUCGCGGAGGCUGCUGGGCACUGCGGCCUCCAGGACGGUGGAGGUCAAGCGGCCCGACCUUCCCCCAGCGACGCUUGCCUUUGAGGACCCCAGUGCCUUCAGGGUGAAGAGCUGGGCUGAGCUGCUCCGUGCUCUGGGAGUCUUCCGCCUCUGCUCCUUCCCUGUGCUGGUCAACAACUGUGGGACGCUGAUGUCGGUAGCACGCACCAUCUUGGGGAGGAGGGCGUUUUCCUUGCUGCUGCGGCCCACUGUGUAUGCCCAGUUUGUGGCUGGGGAGAAUGAGAGCGAGAUCUCUCAGUCCAUGGAGAAGAUGAGCUCGCUGGGACUGAGGCCCAUGCUGGCGGUGCCCAUCGAGGAGGAUCUGGGAGAAAGCACUGGAGAGAAGAGAUAUGACGACAACCUGGAGUCCAUGCUGGAAUGUGUGCGAAUGCUGCACAGCAACGCCUGGAGCAAAGACCCAAUGAUGCAGCUGAAGAUCACAGCCCUGAUCAGCCCGGAGCUGUGUGUGAAACUCACAACCCUCAUCGCAGAGCAACCGUAUGACCUGAAUGUCCUGGUCAGAGCUAUGGAUGGAGAGACUAUCAGCUUCCCUGGUUUAAGCGAACGUGAAGUUGCCCAGUUCCUCUUUGGCCUGCGGAGACUCAACAAAAUAGCAGAGGCAAGUGUGAACAAAGUCCGAGUCCUGGUCGAUGCAGAGUACACCUACAUGAACCCUGCGCUCUCUCUUGUCACCAUGGCGAUGAUGAAGAAGUUUAACAAAGAUGGCGCCUGGAUUUGGAACACAUAUCAGUGUUACCUGAAGGACUCCAGGACUCUCCUGUUAGAGGCUCUGCGGCUGUCAAGGGACGAGGGUUUCUGUCUGGGAGUCAAGCUUGUACGAGGAGCCUACAUGGACAAAGAGAGGAUGCUGGCAGAGAAACAGGGUCGUCCGGACCCCAUCCACCGCAGCUGGGAGGACACCAAUGACAGUUACAACGGCUCUCUGGAUCUCAUGCUGGAGGCCAUAGCCCAGAAAGCUGAGCGCUACAGGAUCAUAGUCGCCUCUCACAACGAGGUGUCAGUGAGGCGAGCCGCCAAACGGAUGGAGGAGUUGGGGAUAGACAAAGAUGGAGGCUCGGUGUGUUUCGGCCAGCUGCUGGGCAUGUGUGAUCACGUCUCCCUCACGCUGGCUAAAGAGGGUUAUGCCAUUUACAAGUCAGUGCCGUACGGCUCAGUGGACGACACGCUCCCCUAUCUGGUGCGCCGGGCUCAGGAGAAUCGCACCGUGCUGCAGGGAAUCCGCAAAGAGCGGGACCUGCUGAGGAAAGAGCUCUGCAGGAGACUGAGUCUGAGGGGAGGCAGCUCGUAG